GUUGUUGUUUUUACCCGCGAAGAAGAAGAACAAGCUAUUUUCGCGCGAAAAGUUGUCGGAGGAGUUGCGUUUGUCUCAGCAGAGUUUCUGUAAAUGUCCUUUAUUUCUCGAUCCGGGUUUUGAACUAAAGCGGACAAACGGCUUCUUUUCCCGGAAACAAACAAACAAACAAACAAACAAACAAACAAACGUUUUCUCUUUGUAUUGAUCGCUGUUUUACCUGCGCUCGUGCGGCAGACAAGGCCGGAAGCAGGAUGAAGUAUUUCACCCGGCGGAGAGUCCGAAGAGCCUACGACUGGCUCGGCGAGCCGUCACGGUUCAACAGGAGGUUAAAAACCUACGAAUAUCGCUCUCUGGCCAUCCGUGUGGAGGGUCUCCCGAGGACCACCGUCAUCAACACGGGCCAGCACAUCCUCAUAGAGGGAGAGGACGAAGACAACCCGUACGUGGCCAGAGUCAUCAGGCUGUUUGGUGACGAGAGCGGGGCGCAGAAGAAGGCGGUGGUGCAGUGGUUUGUUCGAGUGUCUGAAGUGCCUUUGAGCAAACUGAAGCUGCUGGGCAGAGAGCCGCACUCGCAGGAGAUCUUCUACUAUCAGGGUCGCAGCUGUGACGACGAGGUCGACGCCGAGUCCAUCCUCAGACCCGUGCAGGUGAAGCACCUGGAUGGAGCAGCUCCGUUCCCGGACUCUGACGAUAAAGACACUCUGUACGUGAAGCUGUCCUGGGACUCCAAGAGCUUCAGAGUGGCUGAUUCUGCUCUGGUGGACUCUGGUUCCUCUGAACUCGCUCCGGCUGCCUCCCUUCCUCCCUGUCCGAGACCCUCCCUCCCCCCCGCGCCCCCCUGCUCCCCGCCUGCAGCGGCUCCAGCGUCUCGAGGCCCCUCCCGACGCGCCCUGCCGACUCCGGACCUCGCCAUCAUGAGCAGGGCCUCGUCAGGGGAAGCGAGAUACAGCAGGGCCACCGUGAGCGCGGGGAAGGCCGGUGCUGCAGAAGCCGAGUCGCUGCACUCCGCCACCAAACUGUCGGCCUCAAAAUGUCUGAGCGCCAAGAGGAGGAACGCCUCGGCCAGGACGCCCGGUGUCCGCAAGAAACUGGAGCUCAGCAGUCCGGACAAGACGUCGAUGACCCGUGAGGACAUCCUGAGGCAGCUGCUGGACGAGGAUCUGGAGUCGGAGGUGACGUUGGCUCACAGGCUGUCGUCCUCUCCUCUUCGGGCCCUGCCCGUCACCCACAGACUCACCCCCCUCAGGAAGGCCCACAGAGCCCCCGUCGCUCAGGACGCUUUCCCCCUGAAGCCCUACAAACGGCCUGUCUCUGAGAUGGACAGUCCUCCGUCGUCUGCCAGAGACGACUCCACCAGACUCACCGGUGCCUCUUCCAGGGAGCCGCUGGAUAAAAGUCCUCAGCAGGGUGAUGCGACGGAGGGGGGGUUACCGGCCGGCUCGGUUAACACACCCAGAAGACGAAAUGCCACGCCGAGGAGGAAGUCUGCCACCAGGGGGCAGAAAGCCGCCACUCCUUCUCGAAAAAAGGACCUGAAGACCCUGAAGGAACCGGCCCUGGGAGUGCUGGCUGAAGCGGAUAAUGAAAGCUCUCCGACGCUGCCGGUCGCCAACACGCCGAGGAGCUCCAAGAGGAAGUCGGCCCAGCUGGUGUCGUCUCGCAUCAGAAAACAGCUGAAUCUUCUGGACAACCAGCAGGACCUGAACUCGGACGGCGAGGACGAAGACGAGUUUGUUCCCUCCAAGAAGGAGCUGCAGAGCAGCAGUGAGGAGGAUGAUGAUGGGGAAGAGGAGGCGGGGCUGGAUAGUGAUGAAGAAGUAGCGUUAAAAAAGGGCAGGCAUGCUGCUGCAGGGCCUCGUACUCCUCGCUCAAAGCAGAAAACUCGCUCCUCGACCAGAACGCCGCGAAAAACUCCCAACAGGAAGAUCGCACCGGGCACGCCACGGACUCCUCAUCGCGCCAUUCCCAGCAUCCCCAGCAGGUCUCUGCCGGCCCGACAGCCCGCUAAUGUUCUGGAGGAGGCGAGAACGAGGCUGCACGUCUCCUCGGUGCCGGAGUCUCUGCCCUGCAGAGAGCAGGAGUUUCAGGACAUCUACAGUUUCGUGGAGAGCAAGAUCAUAGACGGCACGGGAGGGUGUAUGUACAUCUCAGGCGUGCCGGGCACGGGGAAGACGGCCACAGUCCAGGAGGUGAUGCGCUGUCUGCAGCACGCGGCCGACGUGGACGAGAUCCCGCCUUUCCACUUCAUCGAGAUCAACGGGAUGAAGAUGACGGAUCCUCAUCAGGCCUACGUCCAGAUCCUGCAGAAACUGACGGGCCAGAAGGCCACAGCCGACCACGCGGCCGCUCUGCUGGAGAAGAGAUUCGGCAACCCUGCACCCAGGAAGGAAACCACCGUGCUGCUGGUGGAUGAAUUGGACCUGUUAUGGACCAGGAAGCAGAACGUGAUGUACAACCUGUUCGACUGGCCGACGCGGCGUCACGCUCGCCUGGUGGUGCUGACCAUCGCCAACACCAUGGACCUGCCAGAGAGGAUCAUGAUCAACAGAGUGGCCAGCAGACUGGGUUUGACCAGGAUGUCGUUCCAGCCGUACAGCUUCAAGCAGCUGCAGCAGAUCAUCAUGUCCAGGCUGAACAAGGUGAAGGCCUUCGAGGAGGACGCGCUGCAGCUGGUGUCCAGGAAGGUGGCCGCUCUGUCGGGCGACGCUCGCCGGUGUUUGGACAUCUGUCGCAGGGCAACGGAGAUCUGCGAGCACUCUGCCGCCGACCCUUCUGCCACAGGAUUGGUGGGAAUGAGUCAUGUGAUGGAGGCGCUGAAUGAGAUGUUUUCCUCCGCUUACAUCACUGCCAUCAAAUGCGCAUCAGUGCAGGAGCAGCUCUUCCUCAGGGCGGUCAUCGCUGAGUUUCGGCGGCUGGGAUUGGAGGAGGCCACCUUCCAACAGGUAUUUGUGCAGCACCAGGCGCUGUGUCGGGUGGAGGGCCUGCAGCCCAUCAGCGUGUCGGAGGGCCUGGCGGUGUGUCAGCGCCUGGGAGCCUGCAGGCUGCUGCUGCUGGAGCCCAGCCGCCUGGGAGUCCUGCAGCGCGUCCGCAUCAACGUCAGCCAGGACGACGUGCUCUACAGCCUGAAGGCCGACUGAAGGAGGAUCCUCUUCAGACUAAUUUACCUGAACCACGUGAGGACUUUAACCUGUCUGAGUGCGGGCACGCAGCUUUGAGUUUUUAAACCUGAAAUGACUUCAACUACUCUUAACGACUAAGAUUAAAACCAAAACCCCACACUCAGUUAUUUUAUGAAUCGUGAGUCAGCAGAGGCAAAGAUCUGGAGCGCUUGACCCAAACUAAUUUUACUGCAAAGUUAGAUAUAUUUUUUGCAUUUGUUGGUGUUUUUUUUUUUUUUUCCAUAAAUCAAGCUGUUUGUCUUGUUUUUAGGUGAGUUUGUGAUGUCCCCAGUUUAAGUCUUAUUGCUCUUUCUGGAAUAAUUUUUAAUGUUGUAUAGUGCAUCGCAUUUCUAUGUUUCAAUACUUAAAUAUGCAAUAAAACUCCCAUCUUUAAUAUAAA